AUCGGUUAUGGACCAGGGACACAACUGAAACGGGACCACAAUAGAAUUAGGAUUUUUACAUUCGCUGAUGAGAUCUGAUAUUCCAUUGCCAAAUGAACAAUCAAGAAUGGAAAUUCUUAAGAUUCAUGCUGCUGGAAUUGCUAAGCAUGGUGAAAUAGACUAUGAAGCGGUUGUGAAGCUUGCAGAGGUAAGUCCGGGUGCUGAUCUCCGAAAUGUGUGCACUGAAGUUGGAAUGUCAGCAAUUCGUGCAGAGCGGGACUAUGUUAUCCACGGAGAUUUCAUGAAGGCCGUAAAGAAAUUGAAUGAGGCAAAGCAACUUGAAUCUAGUGCACGCUACAAUGCUGAUGGUAAUCUCCAAGCUGUUUGUCGGUCCAUCUCAGAAUUGGUGUUAAGAAAGCCUGUAAGAAAGACAUAUCUUGCUCACCUUCAACCUUUGGAACGCAGGCUUUUUAAGUGCAACCUCUCCUGCUGGCCCCGUUGUUCCAUCAGUGAUAUUUUGUUUAACUGCUCUAAUGCAUGCAGUAAAAUCCCAUGCUCCUUUGUGAUAACAUACUGACGAAAUAAGACCCAUGCAUAGCAGGUGUGAUAGAUUGAUCUUGAGAAUAGAGUGACCUAUCUUGUUUAUGGACACGGAAUUGGUUAGAAGGAAAGAGGUUUUGCCUUCAAGUUCAACUGUUCUGAUUUUAAAAUCGACGCCAAUGGUGCUAAUGUAGCUGUCAACAUAAGAGUCAUCGGCGAAUUUGAGAAGCAGGCAAGAUUUUCUAACGGAGGAGUCACCGAUAAUAAGAAACUUAAACAGGUAAUCGUAUUCGUUGCUCAUGAUGUCUUCUUUUCUGCUUUCAAU